CACGGGUAUCCCCAAACAAUAACGUCGGAUAUGUCAUACAUGUACUUACAUUACAUAAUAUUUACUCUUUAUAUAUACUGUAGGAUUUGAACCAGGAGUUUCUGUUUGGGGGUAUCUGUGGCAUUACUGUGCUCUAAUUUUGGUUGGGGGGGGGGGGGGGGGUUCUGCCACCUUCCUCACUUCACCUCCAUCCCAUUAAGUCAGGAUGAUCAGUGUGAAAGACAUAGACAAAACUAAAUAAAAUGUAAAAUACAUUUAGUCGGAGGUGAAUAAUUUUUUCAGAAACACAAAACCAAAUUUUUGUUCGUGGACAGUUACUGUCCCCACAGGCCAGUUUACAUCCAUUUUGAUGUUGGAAAAUAAUUAAAAUGUACAAUGCAAAAGGUUGGGAGUUUUUUUAAAUGUAAAAAUGCUUUUUUUUUUGUCCAGCUGAAGAACAAAAACAAACUGAAAUAAUGCAUCACAAAGAACAAUUUAUUUACAAUACUGUACACUAUACAGCUAACCCUUGAUGAUAGUAAAAGGAUUUGUGAGCAAUGAUUGGCUGAAUCUUUACUACAACAGAUCAAUAAAUGUGUUAAUCAUGGUUAUGGUAAAACAAAGUUUAUGCUUCGACGACCAAAUGCAUUAUACCUGAUCUCUUUCAUCAAUUAAUGGUAAUUGAUAGAGCAACUUGAAACACAAAUCACAGACCGCAGUGGUUACUCAUGGUGUCUCUCAAGUAUCUAACCAAUACAGUCACACGAUUCCAUCAUCAUUCCACUGUGGUACUACAAUACACAGGCUGUGGGAUAAUAAUGGCUUCGAAAGAUGCAACACAAUAGACAUCACUGCCAUAACCAAUCAGGAUUAAAAAAGGAAAAACAACUUUGUGAAGUUGUGAAGGAACUGUCUGGAUAAAAGCUGAACAUACUGCAAGUUCUGUAAAUGCAAAGGACAUGUCAAACCUGUCAAUAUUUUGGAAUAAACAGAGAACAAUGGGAAAUGGACCAAUUCAAAACAACCCUACAAAAGGAAGAAAUAUACAGCAAUGAAAUUCCAUGGUGACAGAUGAAAAAACCCAAAGCAUAAUUUGUUUUUAGAUUCAAAAAAAAAAAAAUGUUAUGACAAAGUGAUAACAUGAAUUCUUCGAAGAGAAAUAAUUUUUAUGUUAGCCUUGGUGUUGGAUAAAUAAAUAUUUCCACCAUGAUAAACCUUUCUAGUUACCAAUGCCAGAGUCAAGACUGAAUUAGAAAAAUGAACAGCAAGGAAAGGAACAUUUGACAUUAUUCUUACAGAAUACAAUGACAAAUUUCACAGCAUGAGCCUACAGGGGUUUGUGCUCGUCUUUUUCCUUCUGUCUACCUCAUGUAGUGUUGAUGUCACUCGAAAUCAAUCAGUCAGCUCCAAGUGUCCAGAGAGAUGCAUAUGCUCAGAGGCAACCUUUGCCAAUUUUAAUGGUCAUUUACAAACUGUCAACUGCAGCAAGCAAGGAUUAAGAGAAUUUCCAUCAGAUAUUCCAUUUCGCACCGAGGCAUUAAUUCUAUCAAAGAACAUGUUCCAAAAUUUAUCUAGCCUUCCAGUCUUACCCCACCUAAGAAUUCUCGACUUGUCACACAACAGAAUUCAUUCUCUUGACAACCGAAGAAUUUAUGAUAAUAUCGGCAGACUUCAAAACUUGUAUCUGAAUGGUAAUGCGAUUAGAAUACUUCAACAUGGAAGUUUCAGUGGUUUGAAAUACCUGGACGUUUUAGACCUCUCACAAAAUGCACUACAGAAGAUUGAAAUUCAUGCUUUUGGAGGUUUAAACCAUCUCCAAGAACUUAAUCUUAAUCAUAACUUUCUGAGAGAGUUGAAAAGAAUAUGGCUACUGUCUGUUUCAUCUAUCAUAAAGCUUGAACUGGCUGAAAAUUUCCUCUAUGCCAUUGACAAGCAAGUGUUUGAUUCCUUAUCUAAUCUUGUUCACCUUGAUUUAUCAGCAAAUACUAUUGCUAAAAUUGAUUCAGAGGGUUUCAAAGGACUACAUGCACUCAAGUUUCUUAAUUUAUCUCACAAUAAUCUGAAAACUGUGCCAUCAAGUAUAAUGAGUAUCCCAGAGCUGAAUAUUCUGUUGUUAGAUUUCAACAAUUUCAACAGAAUAGAAACCAAUGCAUUUGUUAACUCAAACAUCACAGAAAUAUCACUGAGCUUCCAACCAUAUCUUAGAGUUAUUGAAAAAGGUGCUUUUACUAACUUGCCGAAACUUGUGACGUUACAAAUUCAUGAUAACAAAAAGCUGAUCUUCAUCCAUCCAAAUACAUUUAUAAACACAUCUCAUAUUCACCAGCUUUUUCUUCAUAACAAUGCUCUGAUGUCACUGCCAAUGGCUGUCAAGAACAGUUUGACUGAUCUAAAUGAACUCCACUUGUACAACAACCCACUGCACUGUGAUUGCAAUGUGUACUGGAUUAAACAAGAACUCAUCAUGUUUGCUGAAGCCAACAUAACAGACAUCUACAUAAAAUCGUCAGAUAAACUUCUUUGCGAUACACCCACAAGUCAGUUCCAGGUGCCACUCAGACAAAUAUCAGUAGAGCAAAUACCACCUCUUUGUCCACCAACCACCCUGGCACUGUUUUCUGAUAGUCUUAACCUUACUAUUGGUGAUGAUCUUUACCUUGAAUGCCAGGCCAUUGGUGUGCCAGAGCCUCAAUUGUACUGGCUUUUACCUAAAGGUAAAGUGCUUAAUUCCUCUGUGGAAAACAAAAGGGUUGUUCUUUUAGACGAGACAGCCAUUUUCUUAAGUGGAUUAAGACAAUCGGAUGAAGGAACGUAUGGUUGCGAAGCCUGGAAUCAAAUGGGCUAUGAUGUAAGUUCUGCACAACUGCAUGUCAUGCAAAAAGAUCUCAAACUUGUUCCUCUCAGAAUUUCUAAAAACUUCAUAACAGUUGAGUGGAGAGGUUCAAUUCCACGUCUUCAUUUACAAGACUUUCAACUUCAUUAUCGUGAAAGCAGUCAAAGCGAUUCACAAACUUUGUAUCUGAACAGUGCCAUACACAGAUGCACCAUUGGAGGACUCAAACCAUUAACUACAUAUGAAAUCUGCAUUGUGUACAUGCAUGACUAUGUUGUUCAUUGUUUAAACAUUACCACCGAGCAUGAAAUAACAGUCAAAAAGGGCAUCACUACCAUCACCACACCCAAAAUCAUCGCUGGGGUGGCCACAGUUGUUGGGGCAACCUUGGUGCUGUGCUUCGUUAUUGUAUUUGUGAGAAAGUUCCGUAAGAGAAAAGGAUACUGUGAGCCACCUAUUGAGAAAGGCGAUACUACUGCGCAGAUACCCCUGGAAAAUCUUUACCAACCUUCAAAUCCACAACUUUGCUCCUCAAGGACUGCUCUACUGCCAAAUUCACAAAUUUAAGAGAAAAAUAACAUAAUUGCACAAAUAUGUUAAGUGCUGCACAAAAUUGAACAUUUGCCUCAUCUGUAGUUUUCUUAUGUGUAGAGAACAUAUAACAGCAUUUAAGAAAUUGUUCACUAAAUCACCAAAUAUAAAUAAAAGUUGAAUUUGGUGAAUAAAUCUUAACAAAUCUGCCAAAAAGCCAAUUUAAACCUUAGCAAAUUUAAUGUCUAUAUUUUGUUACAUUGUGUUUAGCUAGGACAAACUGUCCAGUUACCUACAAAAGUAGCCACAUUGCUAGCAAUAGUUAUUGUCCAGCUCACAUCCUGCACAACCCAUUUACAAAGCAAAAAUAUUGGUAAAAUUAACACCUUUACUCCUGUGACUAUAUAAAUACUACAGAUUGACUAUUAAUAUAGUUCAGACGAAACAAACUAACUUUUCCCUAAAACAAAACCAUAGAUUACAUGUAUGUGAAAGCAAAACGUUUGUUCUUCAAUUCUAUUAAGCACAAAAACUAACAAAUACUGGUACAUAGAUUUAAAGAGUAAUAUAUGACAUGACUUUAAAACUAAAGAUAGUUUAAUGUUCUUUCUAGACUAGGGAUAAUUUCUGAGCUUAUCUCGAAGCUAUUUAUCUGUUUUUAUAUGACCAUAUGUUAUAAAAACUGUAAAAUGUAACCAUUUUCAAUACAUGUAUGCAUUUUAUGUGCUUUCCAUAAGGGGCCAUUCACAACCAUCAACAUUUUCAUAAACAUACAAAGCUGUACUCUUUUUUUGCUACACAGCUUAUAACUGUACAUCAAGACUGCUGAUUGUGUGUGUGUGUGUGUGUGUGUGUGUGUGCGUGCGUGCGCAUGAGUUUGUGUGUGCGUGCAUGUGCACGCACGCUUAUGUGUGUGUUUUUAAAAAGUAUAUGCUGGCAUUAUCAUCUCUCCAAAAUAAAGUUUGUAUGCUCAUGAAAAUGUUGGCAUUUGUGAAUGAUCCCUAAGAAUAUCUAAAUGUUUGAUUAACAUUGGAUUUUAUUUCUUUUUAAAAAAUUAACAAGAAUAAGUUUCUUUUUGGGGGUUAAUGAUUAACUGGGGAAUUGUUAAUUUAAAAAGUAUUUCACUGUAGUUUUAAUUUUACGCAGUAACUGCACAUUUUACAAAUAAUAAAAAUAGAUAAAAUUAAUUAAUUCAACAAGAAUGUGUCUUUGUUUUUGACACGAAAACAUAAGAUAAAUGGCUACAUGGAAAACAACAGAUUAGCAUUAAUUGUCAGGAUGUAUAUAAGCCAAAUAUGUACAUAUAUGAUACUAGUUUGAGCUUUAUCCCACUGAAUGUAUUCUUGAUUAUAUUUGAUGAUUUAAUCUGUUAUUAAUUAUGUAAAUAUAUAACUUUUUUUUACAUAUAUGUACACUGUUAUUUGCAUACUUGUUUACUUUCAGCAAUAAUUUGUUACAUUUAGUAUUAAAGGUAUGCAUGGCACAGAA